UUUUUCGUUUCCGUAAACGACCAAAAAAAAAAUGAAUUUGAACCUCAAAAUGGAAACUGACUGUAAAGGAAUUACUUAUAUAACAAUCAAUCAUACAACAACUAUACAUACCAUCAAACUACUAUGAGUGAACUAAGUAACCAAGGAGGAUUGGAAGGAAUCGAUGAAGAAGAAAUUGAUGAAGAAUUCAAUGAUGUAGAUGAACAUAUCAAUCAAACUCCCAAACUAAAAAAUGGUACAUCCUCCACCACCAGCAACAAUACCACCAAGAAACAACAACAUCAAUCUAAUGAAUCCAAAGCUACUUCAAGUCAACCUUUGAUACCGGAAUUACCCGAAUUAUCCAGAAAAGAUAUGACGUUAAAGAAAGUACUUGAUUUAAUGGAUGAUGAAUUCCAACCUAUAAUACCAGAUGUAAUUACCGAUUAUUAUCUAAGUAAGAAUGGAUUUGAAACUUCGAAUAUUAAAAUAAAGAGAUUAUUGGCAUUAGCAACUCAGAAAUUCAUUAGUGAUGUUACUCAAGAUGCUUAUGAAUAUAGUAGGAUUAGAAAUAGUUCAGCUGUUUAUAAUAGUUCUAAUCCUCAAGUCCGUGCUAAACAAUUAUUACAAGGUCAACAAUAUGCCAAUCAACAACUGAUGACGGGUGCAUCAAACUUAGGAGGUGGAGAUGCCGCUGCUGCAGGAGGUGAUGGAGCAGCUGGUGGUGUGGAUGGGAAUGCUACGGGGAAUGAACAACAACAACCAACUCAUUCAAAUGCUGGGAAUCAACAAGGUAAAAUCGUUUUAACAAUGGAAGAUUUAAGUAGUGCUUUAAGUGAAUAUGGUAUGAAUACUUCCAGACCUGAUUUUUAUAGAUAGAUUUUAUAUGUAUCAACUGUAUUAUUAUUAUUAUUAGUAGUAAAUUUAUAUUACUAUUUAUUUAUUGUACAUUAAAAAUAGUGUAGAAAAGUAUAUAC